UCAAAGUUCAGGGACACUGUGCAUGCGUACAAUGCGAAGAACAUCAUGGGUAACAUCUGACGUUGGAUCAACUACAUACGCUGCUAAAUUAAUAAACUAGCUAUAUAUAUAUGUUUUUUAUCACAGACAUGACACGUUAACUCUGCACUUUUCAUUUUUGUACCGUUAGCGAGACAUACUUAACUACAUUUUUUUGCGUCACCUGAAAGAAAGAAAUCAUGACUGCCAACGAGGAUCAAGAGAUGGAGUUAGAAGCACUUCGCUCUAUAUAUGAGGGGGAUGAGCGCUUCAAGGAAGUCAGCCCAGUUUCAUUUCAGUUUAGGAUAGGAGAACACGAUGACUCCAAAGCGUUCAUUCUGGAUAUCUCAUGGCCUGAGAUGUAUCCAGAAACCGCACCUGACAUUUCUCUAGAUGGCUUUUUCAACAAAAAAAUAUCUCCAGACACCAAGCAGCUGAUAAUCUCUGGGUUGGAGGAGCAGGUGGAGGCCAACCUGGGCACUGCCAUGAUGUACACCUUGUUCGAGUGGGCCAAAGACAACCAGGAGACUCUGAUGGAGAACCACCAAGCUGUGGUCACCACCGUGACGUUGAUGUCCAACAGUGACCUCAACGCCCCAGCCAGGAAAAAAGAAAAAAAAGAACAGCUGACCAAAUCACAGAAGAGGAAGAUCACCUGUAGAACCGAUAACAAAGGGGAGCUCCCCAGAGGCUGGGACUGGGUCGACGUCAUCAAGCAUUUGAGCAGAACAGGCGGCAAAGAGGAAGACUAGGCUGUGGAGGAGGUGGACAGGUCUCUGGUGCGGCUUUUACUAGGAAGUGAAGUCUCCCGACCUCACUCAGACCACCUGACUCCUUCCAGUCUGCCCCAAGACGCCACACUCAAGAUGGCCGCUUUUUCGCUCCAAGGAAGACGGGACCGGGGGUCCUCUACACCUGAACACAAUCAAUAGCUGCCAAAGCUGUUAUUUUUGAGGUGUCACACAUACAGGUGGUUUAAUGUUAUUUCGGAAGGAGGUUAAAAUGUGGCCGUUUUUUUUAUGACCUGUGUUUUCAUUUGCUUGGAAGAGACCCCAAAUGUGUGUGACUUAUUUUGGUUUUAACUGUGGUGAUGACAGUGAAUUGCAGUGUGAGCUGCAUCGCAGCAUUGAAACAAUGAAGGCUUGUUGUUGUUGUUGGGGGGGGUGGUGUGCUAGUAUUUGUGCUGUCGAAAUAGGCCAAAGUGAAUUAGUGGUGAAGGGUUUGCCUGUCAAGGUGGAAUGAUUGAGACCUCUUGUUACCAUGAGCCAGACACGCGUGUACUGUCAUCACCGCCAGGGAAUUGAAAAUAUGUCCACUUUGAGACCAUAGUUCAGUUGCUAGGCAUCAGAGCUGUAAAACAUGCAUUACCAGGGGGUGUCAACAUAUGGCUUCAUGAUCCUCAAUGUAUCAUGACAUACAGCAGUGUGGAACAUUAUUAACUCAACAUGUUACGAGGAACACACCAACUGAAUUGAUGUGAUAUUGUGCCCCAUUAAUUUAGAGACCUGCUCUCCCCAUGAACUGAGAAACAUUAGUUUUUUUAAAUAAAAAAUUAUUGUUACAAUA